UGUCACAGCCAUGGUUUCUUCCACUCGCAAAAGCUCCCCUUUCUUUCCCUCUUUCAUCGUUCUUUCUUUGUUAUUAUCUUCUUCCUUUAUCACUGCUUAUGGUGCUCAACCAUCAGUGGUGAAGGGUUGUCCAUUUAACGCCGUAUAUAGCAUCGGCGUCAAAGAUUCUUCUACCUCUCCCCCAUGGUCGAUCAACUAGCUUCUAUCUUCCAUCUCCCUCCUCCAAAACCCUACACAAACAAAGACGACGGCAAACUACACUACGGUGCAACCUUCGCUACCGAAAACUUCAUCGCUUUGGGUAAAAAUUUUCUUCAACGAAGAGGCGUUCAAGUUUCAUCCCCGACGCCUUUACCGAUUCCUUAACAUCACAGCUUAUUUCUUUCACCAAUUAUCUUAGUCCCAUCUGCUUUACUUAUCCCGAGUGCCUGAAAAAGCUCGAAAGGGCUCUGUUUGUGGCGGAUCUUGGAAGCAACGAUUACAAAUACGCGUUCAUGAACGGCAAAACACCUGAAGAAGUUCAAAUUUUUAUUCCAUCUUUGCAAAAAAUCAUCGGAACUUUGGAGUCGGAAUUGAUAAAAGCCGGUGUUUCCAAUAUCUUAGUCCCUGGAAUGCUACCAUUGGGUUGCUUCCCCGGCUAUGUUUCUCUACUUCAUAACGUUGAUCCAACCGAUUUUGACGCUCACAAUUGCCACAUAGGGUUGAACAACGUUGCGAUCAAUUACAAUAAUCAUGUGAAGGAGAGUCUUUCUGAAAUGAGAGACAAUCGUUUUUACUCUCAUGCUCUUUCUGAAGAAGGUGAUCGUCCUUAUAGUCAGACUCUGUAUGGGGACUACUACAAUGCUUUCAUGGAAGUUCUUCGUGACAACUCCAACAACCCAAAGGCUUUGUUUCAUCAGGACGGGUUUCAUCUCUCAGAGAAAACGAACAAGUACAUUGUGGGAAAGCUGCUCAGCGGAAACAACUUUUUGCAGCCAGAAAUUCACCUUCCGGACAUCACGCAUUGUGUUAUGUAGAAGCUUCAUGGAGAUCCUUGUUC